AAUUCAUUUCCUUUUCAUAGCUAGAAGAAAAGAGGAAGGGACACAAGAGGAGUCAAUUUCGCGCAGCGUCUAGUGGAUUAAUGCCCAAACCAGACCUUUACUUGUCAUGUAAAACUCUCCUCUUUAUACUUCUUCUACGCUACAAAUAGCCUCUCUUUUGUAUCUCCUCUUUGAUCUGAACGGAAAAUCAUCCGAGAACGUUCAUAAUCCAGUCUCUAUUUUCCACAGGUAUUAAUGUUUUAAGGAUCAAUAAACAGUUGCCAAGUAAGAACUGCUGAAAAAGCCUGCCUUAUCAAGCACAAAUGGAUCAAAAUGUUGUUAUUGAGGACAAAGAGGUCUUAAGAAAUGGACUUGAGAUGGUGAAAUCAGCCUCUGAUAAGCACAUAGAUCUUCUCCGGCCAUCUGCACGAUACUAUUCAGCAUCUAAAGGGCAAGCCCUAGAUGCUGCAGACCGUGAAAAGGGCAAGUAUACACUUCUUAGAGAUCCUGAGGAAUUUCAAGUUGGGAUGUAUGACAAACCACUUCCAUGCUUUGGCUGUGGUGUAGGAUGGUUUUCUUUUCUUUUAGGAUUUGUGUUCCCAUUGAUGUGGUAUUAUGCCACAAUUCUUUACUUUGGAAAUUAUUACCGAAAGGAUCCUAGGGAGCGAGCAGGCCUGGCUGCAGCUGCCAUUGCUGCGAUGGCAUGUUCUGUUGUGUUGCUGGUUAUAGUAGCUUAUUGUAUGCUUUUUUAGCCUUGCACUCUUUUAGCCUGGCACUGGAAUUGCAAGUUUGCACUUAACAAGUAUAAGUCAAAACAAGACACACCCAGUUGGAAGAAAUUGCUCAUACGAUGUAGAUAAAAAAGUUCUAGCGGAAGAGGACAGAGAAAAUAUUAUUACAAGAUUGUUCCUCAACAAUUGGAUAUACCCUACAAUUCAGAAACAUAUACAAAAACUUGAAACUUCUUUUCCGUAGCUUUGGAGUACCUGUGGUCCUGUGAUAAUGGAGAACAUUGUUAAUUAGCAGAUGUAACACAAGUGUUAAUUAAUAUAGCAUUCUCAUUUGCGGCUUUGUUUAUAAGUGAGGAAAUCCCAUGCGGUGAUUUAUUAGGCUUGUUUGUCAACAUGGAAUGUACUUUUAUCUUUUAUGUAAAAUGUUAUUUCA